AUGGCGGGACAGUUCGACUACUUAUUCAAACUGGUCCUCAUAGGUGACAGCGGUGUCGGCAAAACUUGUAUAAUUUUCCGAUUUGUUGAAAACAAGUUUGAUUCCUCAUUCAUUACCACCAUUGGCAUAGAUUUCAAAAUCAGGACCGUGGAAAUCGGUAAUUUGUGUUAUUUAUUUUUAGAGAGAGGUCAAGGUUCUUCAAUCAAAAUACUCUCCCACUUCUACAACAAAACUGGAUAGCUAGCUCGUAAAGUUGUUGAGCGGCGCUAUCUUCUUUUGAUGCGUCAGAAUAUUCUAAAAAUUUUCAGUCAUUUGGUGGAAAAGGGAAGAAAACAAGGUGUGAAAAAGUACGUGCAUCCAUACAAGUUGGGAUGUAGUGAUUGACGCACAAAACACGAGAGCAUCAAGAGCUAUAUUUUUGACUGAAGUUCGUUGAAGUCCCACUUUUGGCUACUUUUGCUUUGUUUUUUUUAAUCAUUAUUUGCCCAUUUUUUUCCUAAGAUAGCGCUUAUGCUAAUACCAAGUUAUGAUAUUGCAAAACAACCCCGUUUAAUAUCACAUAUAUUUUUUGUAACGGCAAUUGCACCGAUCAUAGAAUAUUGCUUGUCUAGUUCAUCACGUGAUUGUGUGUUGUGUUAACUUUGUAUCAGUAUAUGAAAAUGGCGGGAGUUUCGCGGUACCUAGAGUAGCUCAGUUUGUUCAAGAUCUAAAAUAGAAAAUGUAAACUAUUCUGGCACACACCUUUUCGCUGGCUGUUGCCAUGUAAAAUGCCGAAAUUCAGUUUUGAAAUUAUGAUUUAAAAAAUUCCACAAAGUAUCAAUUCACGUCAUCGCCGUCGCUUAUUGCCGGGAUCGGAUAAAAGCCGAUAUCUAGUCCUUAUUGGCUUUACCGGCUUAAUGAACCUAGAGAGUUCGGUUAAAUGCUGUUAUGUCUGAAACAACUUUGAUGAAAAAGAAUGGACGUUUGACCGUCUAUUCCCAAUGUUGGUCAGUUUAUCUGGCCUGCGUGCAGACGAUAACUUAACUCUCAUCUGUUAAUUCGCAGAUGGAGUUAACCAGAGUUUAAUUUCGUCUGCGCGCAGGCUAAGUUUAUACGGCUCUGACAUAAACUGAGCUGUAUGUUGAAGUGCAGAAUCUAUAACUAAGAUGCUCGGCUGCACAAAUUGACCCGCGUUGAAGAAGUUUAUUGCGACAAGCAUUCAUUUAUUGCAGUCAUUUUUGUUCAGUCUAGCACAGCAUUUUUGUUGUUGUUGUUUUUUUCUUUCUGGCUUCUCAGAUGGAAAGAAAAUCAAGCUACAAAUCUGGGACACAGCGGGGCAAGAUAGGUAUGAAUGGUUAACGGUCAUUUUGCCUCGGUUACUUCGCCCCCUACUAACGAGGAAUAUUUAUAUGAAGCAUGCUUAAGAGCUAGGAAUGUUACAUUUGAAGCGUUCUUGUUUUGCUUUCUGGCUUAUAGAAUGAGAAAUAUUACAUUUUGAAGCGCGCUAAAUGACUCGAAAAUGGGGGGCUAAGUAACCGGGGAGAAAUGACUUGGGGGCGAAAUUAAUUAACCGGUUACCGUAUGAAUCAACCUCCUGGGUAGCGCAGUUGAUAUCUUUGGCCCGAAGCAUUACUCAACAAGGCAGUUCUUUCGAUCCCAGAGGUCGCCUUACCCUUCAUAAGGAUUGUUUCUAGCCUGCGUAGCAGGCGCUUGGAAGAAGUGGGCACCCACUACUUCCAAGCGUCUGCUACGCAGGCUAGAUUGUUUCUCAUCGAUGGCCUUUUUGCGGUUUGUUGGGAAGGAACGAUGCUUUAAGUUAUCUUAAUUUAACAAUGCUUAAUGAUAGUGCUUAGCCAAAGAAUUCUAGCGGUUAAUCUGUGUCUGCUACAGUGUUCUGGAAACACUUUUUCUUGUACUCCAUGAUCAUUACUCUGCAUUUUUUGUCAAAACUAUGUGAGAGUCACGCCCCACCAACUUGUAACCGUUAUUUGUUCAACUUCGAUGAACUUGUUGGAAGCGGGCUAAAAUCGCCUAGGCUUAAAUUCGUUGUCGUCGUCUCAAGAACUUUGUCUUCGAAAUAUUGGAACACGGUCAAAGUGUUUGCUGUGAAUAACUUGUUACGUAGGGAAAAUAUUUAGAACCAUGUUUAGUCAAUGUUCCAGUAUAGUUCCAUGCUGCAUUCAUGUGACAAACGUUUGAGCUUGCUGUAUCUGCUAUUUGAACAGACCAGAGUUGUUUUAAGAAAUACAUCAGAUCUAUACCAAUUCAAUUUGGGGAUUUUCUUUCUCGCGCUCAUUUCAAGAGGAAGGCGUUUUCUUCAUAAAAGUCAUAAAAGUUUCAAACUGACUAUGACCAAACCUUUAAUGAUUUGUACGCCGGCGUAUAAAACCAGCUCACAACUGCACAAGCAUCUCUACGCAAAUAUCGGGUGCGCGCUUGAAAACUUGCUGGUACCGCGUUACCUAACACAGAGUCCCAAACGUAAAACUGCACUAUCACAGGAAAAAAAGUCAGUGAAGUUUUGGCUUGUUUUGUGCCCGCAAGAUUUUUCUCGGGGAUCCGUACGUCAUGUGCAAAGCGUAUGAACGCAGAUACGUUCACACGGUUUUCCAGUGCUCGGCACUAAAUGUCAGUUAGGUUUGCGUGAAAGUUGUCGUUUGUUUAAGUUCUAUGACACUAGCUAUGCGGGUUUCUAACAAAAAUUGCUUAGUUUGGAUACCAAGGUUAUGUGAAUAGUUUAAAUGAUAACCUCGCGUCAUUUUCCACAAUAAUCAGGUGACUUAAAUCUAUCUUCUACAAAUUCGGUUUCGGUAGAUUUGAUAUCUCCCUGUCUCUGUCCUCGUUAGGUUAAAACUACGUCAAACCCAAAAGAAGUAUAUAAACAACAAAAGAUUGGUUUUGUUGGCAAUACCGAGUUGGCAUGAGGUUAACCUUUCGAGGCCUAUCACUUUGUCAAAACAAGAGGUUUGCGUAACCUUACAUAUCUACAUGCUGGUUGGGUUACGUACCUAUUUCAUCAGACAGAUUUAGAAAAAAAACAACGUGACGAGAGUCACGCCGUGACGGUGUGGGCCGGAUCUAAAACCGAGUUGACCAAUGAGGGAGAAUUGACUACCGGAGGGCACGUUCAGUUCUUUUCGCGCGCUUUUGAGCUCUCAUCGAUCAUCUGACAUGCACUGUACUGUCUUUGCUUAAUAUGCCUAUUGAUGGAAUCCAAAAGUAUGGCAAAAGCAAUACAGUCAUGAAGUUAAAUAAAUAAAUAAACAAAUAAGCAAUACUAAGUUGGUUCGAUAUUUGUUUUGGUAGGUUCGAGACCAUUACGUCCACUUGCUACCGUGGGGCGCAUGGCAUUAUGCUAGUGUAUGACGUCACCGAUGAAAAGUCAUUCCGAAACAUACCAAGGUGGAUACGAAAAACAGAGGAACUUGCCAGCCCUGACGUCACAAAAAUGCUGGUAGCGAACAAGUGCGACCUUGAAAAGCGAAGGCUUGUCACUAAAGAAAGAGGUGAAUUGUUGGCGAGAAAUCUCGAGCUUCCUUACAAAGAAAUAAGCGCGCUGUCAAAUUUAAAUGUGGAGGACGCUUUCUCAUUGAUAUUAAAAAGAGUGUUCAAACAGGCGGUGUCCCCGGUCAGAUCCUGGGCUGAGCGAACUUUGGAACAGUCAGUGGCACAGGGAGACCUGUUUUGUAAGCCCACAUGCUGCAUGUAGUAUUACGUGAAUGUUACGCAAGCAAAGAUGUCACGUUGUUAUUCACCAUGUGGACUUGACUCUAUCGACCUUCCGCUGUUUCUCAAAGCUGUUCAAAAGAAGUG